CGCGAUGCUCCGUUGCCGACGUUGCCUUCCUCUGCCGCGGGCUCGCCUCUUCGUCGUCCUCCUCUGCCGCCGCUGCGGCGGGCCGGGAGAGGAGCUCGAGGCGGACGCUGGGGUAUCUGCUCGGCGUGGCGAUCGCGAUGGUCGGCGCCUCCUACGCCGCCGUCCCGCUCUACCACCGCUUCUGCCAAGCCACUGGAUACGGCGGCACCGUCCAGCACCGCAAGUGUGGAAGAGAAGAUCUCACGGCAUGCUCAAGAUGGAACUACAACAUCAAGUCAUUUUUUGUUUACAGAGAGAUAAUUGUCCAAUUUAAUGCCGAUGUUGCUGAUGGAAUGCCAUGGAAGUUCAUACCUACACAGAGAGAGGUCAGGGUUAAACCUGGUGAAAGUGCUCUUGCAUUUUAUACUGCUGAAAAUCGUAGUUCAGCUCCAAUUACUGGUGUGUGCACAUACAAUGUUGCUCCCAUGAAGGCUGCGAUUUACUUUAAUAAGAUACAAUGUUUUUGCUUUGAGGAGCAAACACUUCUUCCUGGGGAGCAGAUUGACAUCCAGUAUUCUUCUACAUCGAUCCUGAGUUUGAGACAGACCCCAAAAUGGACGGGGUGAACAAUAUAGUUCUUUCCUAUACAUUCUUCAAGGUGAACGAUAGUUAGUUGUAGCAAGAUUUUGAACUGAGCAAUAACACAUGUUCUAUUAUAACACUUAAUCAAUCUGUGUGCUGCAAACUGACACUAAGGGAAAAACUUGUUUAUUUGUGUAGUUAGUUCACAUGAGCUUGUGCAAAAUUUUGCAAAUAAACUGCAACACUGUACUAUGUACCCAACGCAAUCAAAACAGGUUUUUUCCCGCUUUA